AUGAGCUCAGAAAACUUCGGAAACUGCUCAGAUAUUGAGAUCUUUUUUGAGGAGGUUGUUGAAUGUCUCUGGGACAUACUGAGCAGAAAGGAACUGCUCCUCCUGUUGAAUGAAUUCCUGGAGAGAAUUAAGACUGAGGCCGGUUUGUCCAGGGAAGAGGCAGAGGAACUACACAAAUACGUGGACGAAUUAAAAAGAGCCUUGGUUGAGGAGGACCAAGAAAGAGUCCCCAAAGAGCAGCUGGACAGGAGGAGGUUUCUGAUUAAGUUUCCUCGGGUGAAACGGCAGCUGGAGGAGUUCGUAGGCAAGUUCCACGAGCUCGCAGACAAGGUUGACAAGGUGCAUAAGGGAUGUACCAUCUCCAACGUGGUGGGCUACAGCACCGGUGCUGUGUCUAGUAUUCUGACCAUUGUUGGCCUGGCUCUGGCACCCGUGACAGCAGGGGCCAGUGUGGUGCUCUUGGCCACUGGGAUAGGGCUGGGAGCAGCAGCGGCUGUGACCGGUGUGUCCACCACUAUCAUCGAACAUGUGAAGAGGUCAUCAGCAGAAACCGAAGCCAGUCACAUGAUGUCAAGUGUUGUCAAGAAAUGGAAGGUUCUCCUAGAGGUACUCAAGGGCAACCCCCACAUUACUGACACAACAGAGAAAGUCACAGAAGCAGUGCAAUGCAUUGAAAUGAACAUCCAUGCCAUGGAGACAGGCAAAGCCAACCCUGGCUCUGCAGCCAAUGCAAACAUCUACAUGAGACCUGGGAGGAUCUCAGGCCCAGCCAUUCAGCAGAUAGAGGCAGGUUUCAAAGCCACAGCUUUAACAAUUACCAAAGGAGUCCGGAUCGCGGGCUUGGCCACUGCAGGGGUCUUCCUUCUGGUGGAUGUGCGCUUGCUGGUGAAGGAGUCAAAGCACUUGCACGAUGGUGCCAAGACAGUAGCAGCUGGAGUUGGAGAGGAAGCUGGAGGAGCUCACCCAGAUCUAUGAGAGUCUGCAGGAGGACCUGAUUUAGCCACCCCCAGAGCAGUGCAGGGUCCAGGGACACGUGAGGGGCCAACGUGCAGAGGUACCUUGUUAGAGGGAAAGACAGGGAGACCACAUUAAUGAAGCUGGGUAUUAGGAAUUUGGCAUUUCUGUGGUUGAGCAAAGCAGUGCAGGGAUAGAUGUAGGUGAUGGAUGAGGAGAGAGAAGGAAGGGGCUUGGAGCCUGCAUUAAGGGAGGAGGGGGCACGAGAGAAUGAGAGGCAGGGAGAAACCACUUUUUUUUCAUACUAAGAACAUUUUAUUUUGUGUUGGAGUAUAGCCGAUUAACAAUGUUGUGAUAGUUUCAGGUGAACUGCAAAGCGACUCAGCCAUACACACACAUGCAUCCAUUUUCCCCCAAACUCCCCUCCCAUCAGAAACCACUUCCUUUGGACUAAAGAUGACCCUGGAGGCAGAAUAAAGGGAGAGGCAGGUGAACUAGCAAUGAGAGGCCAGGUAUAGGAACGGGUUGACAACGGGAGAAAGUCAGAGAGUUAGGAUUGUUGGGAUCCAGAAGGAGCAGGGGCUCCUCUAUCGCCCUCCAGAGGCUGUGAUGUCCCAGCAAGAAGAGUCUUCUCCUGCUGGUGAUCUCUAGGCCUCUCCUCCACAUCAACUCACCUGUGGCCCUAGCUGAUGUAUCUUACUAAGGCAGUGACUUCUUUGGUUUGUUUGCUUUAUUGAAGGAUAAUUGAUUUACAAUAUUCUGUUGAUUUCAGGUAUACAGCAAAGUGAUUCCAUCAUACAGGUAUCUAUGUAUUUAUCUGGGCUUCCCAGGUGGUAAAGAAUGUGUCUGCUAAGAAGUCUACUCACACCUUGAUCAUUGAAAACGAAGUGGACCCCUCUCCUUUAUCUCUUCCCUUGUCUGUAAGCUCCAGGCCCUGGCCAUGCAAUUGUUUUCAUCCUUUCCUAGUCCAGUUAGUGAACCGCGUCUCCACAUAACCAUGGCCUCCGCUCUGCUGACUUUUUUUGUUCCUUGCCUUGGGAGUAAGUGCAAGGCCAGGGCAUGGAUGUGAAAACCUGUCACUUGCCAGGUCACAAAUAGGAGUCAUCACUACCCUUACUGUCCAAAACCCUGAGCUGUAUUCUGGCCUCACUCUAAAAUCGUCCCGUCCUAGAGCUGAUGGCCAAGCAGCAACCUGCAGGUGUGGGUGCCACAGGUACCUCUGGGAGGAGCACAGGGGGAUGGUCGAGCCAGCUUGGACCACCAUCUAGAAGGAAGAAGCCUAAGGAUGAGAGGGAGGUUGUAGUUUAAGUUCUUGCCUUCCAGGCACAUGAGGACCAAUGUGGGAGAGAGCAAAGCACUUCUCAAAUGAGGGUUGUUAACAAAA